AAAAAAGUUCGCUGACACGUGUGUGUGUGUGUGUCCUAAGCAGCAGCCCCCCGUUUACCCAGUCGGCAGGCUUACCCACCGGUUCUUCGGAACCUCGCGAUGAUGAUGACAGUGGCGGCAGGGACGGGGGAGGGGGGCAUUCGGAUUUGCUGGCACACGUGGUCAGGUAGUCACGACCCGGGAAGAAUGACGGGCAGCGACGAGAGGACAAACCAGCCAUGGUUUAGCUUUAGAGUUACUGGCGUCACGGCACCUAUGCGUCCGUAUUACCUCGUCCCUGACGAGCUCGCUCGCUCGCUAAAACCUCGUCUCACCACCAGCGCCCGUUCCCGUGUCCGCGUGGACUUCCAAGCCAAAAUUAAACCCUUGGGCCUUUGUUUGCUGGGCAAAAAACUCUGUCAGAGCCACAAGGCGUGCAAGAGAUAUCAAGAGAUGGUCAAGGAGAGAGACUGA